AUGGUCCUGAGCAUUACCGAAGCAAUCCUUCCAGUAGAUGAAGAAGGUGAUGCAAUGGACAUCGAAAUGGACGUAUUCACCCACCGCUUGAUCAGUCCGAAUCAUGAACCUGUGUGCGGAGUCUCGAUUCUAGCUGCGGUCGAUCCGAACGUCAUAGAAAACCUCCAAAAGAAUAGCGACUGCUCUAAUCUGAUCGAGUUACGAAAGAAGGGUGAGCCACUGCCCAAGAUGUCGUUGGUGGUGGACGCAUCACUUGAAGAACAAAACCUCUUUGUUCGUGGUUUGGUUCUUGACGGUAAGCGCGGUAUCGCGCUGACAAAGCUUAUGAUUGGAGAUUUGGUAUGGGUUUACUCUCUAGCCGUGACGGUGAAGUUUGCCACUUUAGACAUGGAAUUGCCUCGAACAGUAACUGGAGCCAUCGCUUCCCACAUAGAAAUGGAAGAGGGCUAUCUUGAUGUCACCAUACGGCUGGACACGAACGAUGAGGUCCGCUCCAGAGCGUAUUUGUUGACUUCAAAGAUUCAGCGGAUCGCAAUAGUAACGUUCCUGCACACCUUGGAUGAACGUGCCAACUCCGCUCUAGCGCUAAUGGAGCAUUCAUCAGCUAUGACAAACUUAACACCAAACACGGUAGGUUGGAUAGCUGCCCGCCUUCUACUGGCAGGAGAAGUGCAAGUCAGCGGCUAUGAUUACCCAUACCAAGAUGCCAUCACUGUCACUGAGGCGGGAUGA